AUGCUAGUCAGAUUUGUGCUGCUGACCUGCCUUGUGUCAGUGGUAGCCCGUCUCAGGGCCAAGGAUGUGAAGAAGCUUCCAUUCCUUGGAGGCGCCGCAGUGAUAGAGUUUGUCGACAAGACAGACAAAAAUUCUUGUCCCGUCAUCUUCGUAACAGACGACUCUGGGCCAUUAUCUACCAUCGUUAAAGAGGCAUGUACGGCACGGUAUGGACAGCGAGGAGCAACGGUGUUUGAGAUUGGGCUGCGAGACCGGAACGUGAGUCAACGCCUUUCUGAGCUGGUGCCGAUGGCCCGCCAAGUGCGAAGGAUUUCUUGGUGUACGACAGUGGUAGUUGUGAGUCACGACCCGAUAUUCCUCGUCGCCUUUGCAGAGUCGUCCCUAAGAGACCGACUGUUGGUGUGGGCCACCAAACUAUUAAUUGUGACUCGGCUGGCCUUUAGGCACCUUGAAAACCUUCUUUCUGCCCACUGGACUUUCUCCAUGAUGAACACGGUCUUCCUCAACUUUGAAGGAGAAGUUCCUAAAAUAAUAUGUUUUGGGUACACGUACCUGCCGUACAGCCAGAAUGGCGCCAAACUAGUGAAGGUUGCUGCCUGGACACAAAAGAAAGGGUUACUAUUGAACCAAAAUGAAUUGCCGUUUUCUGAGAAAUUUGAGAAUUUCUAUGGGGCACAGGUGAACGUCACCGCUUUGCCGUUCAUGCCAUACUGGGGUAAUGAAUAUAUUCGAACUCCUAAUGGAACUUCCGUCAUCAAAUACGAAGGUUCCGACUAUCAUCUUCUUUUGGCCGUGGCUAGAGCACUCAAUUUCACUUUCCGAGUCUUGCCCAGCAGCUCGUGGGCAGAGGUAACGAGCCUGGUGGAAGAGCGUGUAUCGUUCAUCGCUUCUGUAUAUCAUAUCUUGAUGACGGUGAGAGCGGAAAAGUAUGACUACACGCACACCUUUGAGUUUUCCUACGUCUCUUUCUCCAUGGCCAAACCUCACCGGGAGCCUCAGUGGCAAAGUCUAUAUUAUCCACUGGCGCACCAUGUGUGGCUGGCCAUACUGGGUUCGGUUCUUCUCGUCCCGCUCACAUAUAUUACGAUAAAUCAUAUGAGUCGGAAAGUAAUUGGAAGAACAACGCUUCUCGAGAGUGUGUUCCUAGAUAUGGCUGGAAUGUUUCUUGCCCAGAGUCUUCCACAUCGUCUGCCAUGGGAUUCCUCCAGCAGAGUUCUGAUGGCUGCCUGGCUCGUAUUCGCUCUCAUUCUCGCAUCAGCCUACCGCGGCAACCUGACGGCUGCUCUCACCCUACCGAAGUAUCCUACACGUCCCGAGACGAUUUCGCAACUCGUCGAUACCGUGGAAAGAGUAACAAUACCGUCUUAUGGGGACUCCCAUUACAAGUACUACAAGUCUUCAGAAUCACCACUAUUUAAUGCUCUCUCCAGACUGAUGGAGGUGGGCCCUCAAGUCUUGGAAGGGCUGCGAGGAGCACUGCAACACAAUCGCGCUCACUUGGGCGCCAAGCGAUUUCUGAAAUAUCAGAUAGCUGACAAGUUCACAGAAGUGGACGGUGCUUCCCGCCUUUACGUGGGUCGUGACACGCUUGACCCUGCUGCCUCAGGCUGGCCAAUUCCCCACGAUGCACCCUACAAACCCCAACUAGACCGCUGGAUCGUGGUUCCCUUAGAGGCAGGCUUGUAUGAAAAGUGGGCGGAAGAUCUCCUGGCAACGACUAAACUUAGAAGUCAGCGGGAACAGAAGAAGCGCCAGAUUGAACUAAAAGAAGACGGGGAGACCAAGGAGAGUCUCAUGGCUCUCACCAUCAUCCACACACAAGGCGCCUUCUUACUACUUCUAAUCGGAAUUAAUAUUGCUUGUGUGGCAGUGAUUGGGGAGUUUGUGGCAGCUCGGUAUGCACAAGUGAAGAGAUAAAAGACAAGUCGGUAAAUAUGAAGUAGUUAUGCUUCACAUCGUGCUUUAAAAGUUUACCGCAG